GUAAAGUGCCUUUGCUGAAGUCAUGACCAGAUGGGCUAGAGUGACUACCUCGAAUAGUAAGAGACCCUUGUCUGCGACAUCAUGGGAGGACAUGAAGAAGGGGUCUUCAGAGAGCCCAGACCACAACCUCCCAAAGCAUAAACAGCGUCAGAUCAGUAGGCUGUCCCUUAAAAAUGAUGCGCCUCAAGGAAAACAUAAAAAGAACAAAAAGAAAAAAGAGUACUUAAAUGAAGAUGUGAAUGGAUUCAUGGAAUACCUAAAACAGAACUCGCAGAUGCUUCGCCAUGGAGAGUCUAUCGCGACAGACAGCCAGGAAGUACGGGAAGAAAUCGCCGUGGCCUUAAAGAAAGACAGUCGACGGGAGGAAAGACGGUUAAAAAGACAAGCAGCGAAGAAAAACGCAAUGGUGUGUUUCCACUGUAGAAGACCUGGCCACGGGGUUGCCGAUUGCCCGGCUGCACUGGAGAGUCAGGACAUGGGCACUGGCAUUUGUUACCGCUGCGGGUCCACAGAGCACGAGAUCACCAAGUGCAGGGCCAGCGUGGACCCCGCGCUCGGUGAAUUUCCUUUUGCAAAGUGUUUUGUCUGUGGAGAAAUGGGGCACCUGUCCAGGUCCUGCCCUGAUAAUCCCAAAGGAGUCUAUGCUGACGGUGGUGGCUGUAAACUCUGUGGCUCUGUAGAACAUUUUAAGAAAGAUUGUCCUGAAAAUCAAAAUUCAGAUCGAGUGGUCACAGUUGGUCGCUGGGCAAAGGGAAUGAGUGCAGACUAUGAAGAAGUUCUGGAUGUGCCCAGACCACAGAAGCCUAAAACUAAAGUACCCAAAGUUGUCAAUUUUUAAUAAGAAUCAGUACUGUUGUUAAUCACCACCUCACUGUUACUUUCCAAAGUAGGCCUUUACAGGCCAGAGCCAGGUGCCUGUGGAGACAAGCCUGUAUUACAGACAACACUCUGACCUUGGCGGGGUCAAAUUGCCUGCAUU